ACACACACAUACGUAUUUACAGGCACGCUCGCAGCAACUCAUUUUGCCCAGCUCCAUGAAGAUGCUGCUCUUCUUCUUCUUUUCACUCUUCCAUUUCAACCCAUCGCUGAGCCUAAAAAUCUGCUCCUUCAAUGUGAGGUCUUUUGGAGAAACUAAAAUAGCCAGACCUGAAAUCGUCGAUGCUGUGGUAAAGAUCGUUUCCCGCUGUGACAUUAUGCUGCUGAUGGAAAUAAAGGACAGCAAGAACCGUGUUUGUCCUCUCCUGGUGGAGAAGCUCACCAGUCAGCUGAAGGGGCCAAAGGAGGAGUACAGGUACGUGGCCAGUGAGAGGCUGGGAAGGAACAGCUACAAGGAGCAGUAUGCCUUCCUCUACAGGCAAGAUCUGGUAUCGGUGAAACAAACCUACCAGUACCCUGACACCCAGCCUGGGGAUGAGGAUGUCUUCUCCAGAGAGCCCUUUGCCAUCUGGCUGCAGUCUCCCAAAACCGCUGUCAGUGAGUUUGCUAUUAUCCCUCUGCACACCAAACCAGACACAGCAGUGCGGGAGAUUGAUGAGCUCUAUGAUGUGUAUUUAGAUGUCAAACAGCGCUGGAAAAUCGAGAACUUCAUCUUCAUGGGGGACUUCAAUGCUGGGUGCAGCUAUGUUCCCCAAAAGCAGUGGAAGAACAUCCGUCUGAGGACUUACUCCGAAUUCCUCUGGCUAAUUGGUGACAAAAAUGACACAACAGUGAAGAACAGCACCAGAUGCCCGUAUGAUAGGAUUGUGGUCAGUGGACAGAAGCUCAUCCAGGCUGUGGUGCCACACUCUGUCAACAUCUUUGAUUUCCAGGAGGAAUUUCAGAUGACCCAGGAGCAGGCGCUGGGAGUGAGUGACCACUUCCCGGUAGAAUUCGAGUUAAAAGCAAAAGGUGGCUUUUUCAACUGGCUGAGAUCAAAGUUUUCAAGGAAGGGGAGACCAAAGAAGAGCCACCGAUCGAGAUCAUGAGCAUGCUGAGUCCUCCUACAUGGCAUGGAAAUACACAGAUGCCAACAGAUCUUGUGUAAGAGUGGUGUAGAAAUACUCACAGCAAGUGCAAUAUUUG